AUGCGGCGUACUCCACCAGCGGCGGGUGCCGAUUGCUGGGCCUGCGAAGACCCUGCCGACACCAAUAGAAUUUUAAUACCUCCGUCAAGAAGUGGAAGCGUGUACAGACCAGCUAUGUCUGUAAUUAAUCAAGCAGGGUGUGCCAUAAUUGUAUGUUACUCCUGUUUGACCAUGGCAUUGAUGUACGCGUGGCCAUCAUCGACUAUUAAACUUUUUUCAUCCGCUAACACAACUCUGCAUCGGCCUAUGAGCGAGAAUGAGAUAGCGCUAUUCGGAAGCUUUUCCUCAAUCAGCGCCAUAUUCACAACUCCUUUCUCAGGGAUUCUUCUAGAUAGAAUAGGCAGAAAAAAUAGCUGCAUUUUGUUCUCUCUGCCGCAAGUGGUGGCAUGGCUGAUAGUAUCUAUUAGCUCCAGAGUGGAAGCUGUAUUAUCAGCUAUGUUUAUAUCAGGAUUUGGCGGUUGUACCUUGCUACUCGCCCCAGUAUUCGUUAGUGAGUUCUGUCAGGAAUCUGUUAGGGGAAUGAUGACUUCUGGAUCAGUAAUUGCAUAUGGGCUCGGAAUACUCCUUUCAUAUUUAUUGGGUGGAUGUUUGGAGUUCAAUACGAUGAUUUACAUGUGUUUAUCUAUGUCAGUAUUGGCAGUUUUGUUGUUAUGGCCUCUGAAAGAGUCGCCAUUGUUCUUAAUGAAAAACGGAUUAGAGAACGAUGCAAUGAAAGCCGUGGCGUUUUAUAGACGAGUUAAGGAAACAUCCAAAGAGGUGACACAAGAAAUAAAUACACUUAAAAGAGCACUCAAAGCUGAUCUUGAAGAUGUGUUUCCUGAGGAAGAGAAAUUGAAACCAGAAUCAAAAAAGCAGGAGAAGGUGUCAAAAUGGAAGUUUCUCAAAAAGUCACGCUCCACACGUCAAGCGUUGUUCGUAGCUCUGGCUCUGUACUCCGCGACAAUGUUCCAAGGCUUAGUGGCGAUACAAGUCUACGCAGAACCAGUAUUUGAGGAGACGCUUCCCAAUAUUUCUUCAACGCUGUCCUGUGUACUACUUGCUGUCGUGUCUGUGGUGUCUAGUUGUGUCGCUGCAUACUUAAUUGACAUAGCUGGACGACGGCCUCUCAUGAUCUAUUCGUCCAUUGGAGCGGGGAUAUGUUGCGUGGCGCUGGGCACGCAGAUAAAUUUGCCCUGGGGCCCGCACUGGAUCACGGGUGUUUUCAUAUAUCUGUUCGCCAUCAUGUACACGCUUGGUGCGGGCACGGUACCUUACGUGUUUGUAGCUGAAGUUUUCUUGCCAGAGGUUAAAAGUUUAGUUUCUAUGCUCUCUGCGGAGUGGGCUUGGAUCUGUAACUUCAUUAUUCUUUACAUAUUUAUCCCACUUGUAUCCAGCGUAGGCCUUGCCCCAGUUUUUUAUAUCUUCGGAGGUGUUUGUUUUGCAACUGCGAUGUUCUGCACGUACUUAUUGCCAGAAACUAAGGGACUGUCCGUGGAUGUCAUACAGACGCUUCUUGUUAAAAGCAAACGUGUACAAAGUGUAACGUGUUGA